GAAGAGGGACAUACGGCCUUGCACCACGCCGCGGCACUGGGACAUUGGCGGGUGGUGGAGGAGCUUUGGCCCAGGGGUGCCAGCAUUGACGCCGCGGACAGCUGCGGCAGGACGCCGCUGCAUUUCGCCGCCAUGGCUGGCCACGUGGAGACGGCGGGUCGACUGAUUAUUGCGGGGGCAGGGGUGCACCGUCUGGACUGCGGCGGCUACACACCCGCGCAUCAUGCCGCCAUGCGGGGCCACGCCGAGGUCGGCGGUAGCGGCAGCGGGGGUCACACGGCGCUGCAUUUGGCUGCCACUGGCGGCCAUUGCGCCGCCAUUGCGGUUCUGCUGCAGCACGGCGGCGGCCUGGAGCGACGCGACUGGCGCGGCUGUACGGCACUGCACCGGGCGGCGGAGGGUGGUCACCGGGGUGCCUUCGAGCUGUUGCUGAUGGUACGCGGCAUUGACGUCAAUGCCCGCGAUGCGGAGGGCUUCACGCCUCUCCACGCCGCUGCGACACGUGGGUCGGCCGCCAUCACGGCGCGUCUGCUCCGCGCCGGCGCCGACCCCAACAUCGCCUCCGCCGAGGGGCUGCUGCCGCUCCACGCCGCCGCAGCCGGCGGCCACUUGGACGUGGUUGAGCUGUUGCUCGACGCCGGCAGCUUGGUGUCGUACAAGAGCAGCGGCGGUGCGACGCCGCUGCACCAGGCCGCGAGCAACGGCCAUGCGGUGGUGUGUGAGGUACUUAUUGAAGCGGGCUGUCCGGUCAUGGGCAGGUAA